AUGAGCCGCCCCCGCGGAGGUCUCGGUCACCGCCCCACCUCACUCCCAAAUUCGGCGGGCUGGGGGGGGCAUCGGGGGAGGCGACGGGGCCCAGAGGCGUCCCGAAGGGGACGCGGGGAGCUGGGCGGGACCGGAGGGGGUGCGCGCGGGGAGAGCAGGGGGGUCUCGGAGAAGGGGCGCCAGCGGGCGGCAGGGCUGGGAGGCGCCGCGACCCCAGCCUCUGCUGCUGCAGGGCCUCCGCCCCCUCCCCACCCCCGGCGGGGCCGCGACUUCGGGACCCUGCAGGGCCGGCCUCUCCACAGGCCCACUUGCCUGCUUUUAGGAUUAACUAGGAGCCCUGCUCCCAAGCAGGCGUGCAAGUUUCCCCAGAAAGACGUUCACGAAGCCGGGCCCAGACAACGGCCCUCUGCAGGUCCACCGCCAGGGCUGCUUGGACCUGGGCUGCUGGCCGCCCACGCCUCCCCUCUGCGGAGCCCCUGGUCCUGCCGCCGGAGGACCAGGCGCCCAGGGCGGCCCCGUGAGCUGGACAUCCGGUCCCGGAACACGCUGAGCUCUGCUGCCCCGCUGUGGCCGCUAGCAGCAUCGCAUGCACUGGGCCAGCAGGAGGCUCUGCCCAGACCUGGGGCCCCUGGGCGGGCAGGGGGCAGAGGGCAUGGCCAGCACCACCUGGAGGAGGGUGUCGGGGUUCAUCCUGGGGCCCAGAGAGCGUGUGCAUCCUGGACCCCAUCCUCGCCCCACGUCCUUUCGGCGCAGGCGGCGGGAAGCUCCCACCCCCACCCCAAGGCAUUGCCCCCGCACCACUCCGGGGGUGGUUACCCAGACCCAGGCCCAGUGCCCAUCUGCGACAGGGCAGGACCAAGCCUAGGCAUGGGUCUGGGACCUGGCUGGGAUUUUCGACAAAAGCAUCGAGACUUGGACGGAACCCUUUGCGGAGGGUUCAAGGCAGCCAGAUGUGGGGGAGGGGAUGUGGGGGUCAUCGUGCCCCUUGCAGGGACCAGGCUGGCUGUGACUGCCGUCCACAGCGGAGAACAGCCAGAGGACGCUGUGCCAGCCUGGCCGUCCAGGGACAGUGGGAGAGGGGAGGCGGAGCACAAGCCUCUGCAUCCCGACUGCAGCGGCACCUGCGGCCACAGCCCCCGCCUCACCGCAGCAGCAGAGCCUGUGAACCUCACACCACCAGACGCGGAAGAGGUGCCAGCUCUAACCGGACCCCCACCACCUCCCUCCCCCGCGGCUGGGGGCCUGGGCCCGGACACGAAGGCAGAGCUCAUCUUCCCCGGGGAACCAGGUGGUAACGCCAGCGACACUGCCCCGCCACCACCAUCCCGGAGACCCGAGCGGCCCCCGCGGGCCCCGGCUCCCUCCCCUGGCAGGCACCAGGGGGGUCGCCCCCUCCUGCCAGAACCCCCAGGACCCCCACCCCAGAGGCGCCCAGGGCGGCCCCGUGAGCUGGACAUCCGGUCCCGGAACACGCUGAGCUCUGCUGCCCCGCUGUGGCCGCUAGCAGCAUCGCAUGCACUGGGCCAGCAGGAGGCUCUGCCCAGACCUGGGGCCCCUGGGCGGGCAGGGGGCAGAGGGCAUGGCCAGCACCACCUGGAGGAGGGUGUCGGGGUUCAUCCUGGGGCCCAGAGAGCGUGUGCAUCCUGGACCCCAUCCUCGCCCCACGUCCUUUCGGCGCAGAGGCCAGCGGGCGUCCCUCCACCUGGACACACACCUUCUGGCGGGACUCUCCGUGCGAGCGGGAGGGGCCGCCGGGCAGGGCUGAGGCUCGGGCUCCCCCUGGUGGCCAUCCUGCGCCACUGCAAGACCUGCCAGCCCCGCCCCAGCCAGGUGGGCUCUGGGGCAGGCUCACAGCCUCUCCUCCUAGGAAGUGAACGUCGGCCCAUCCUCAGCGCCACAGGCACAGGGACCUGCGAUGCACCCGCACGCACAGCCGAGCUCUCAUGCCCCGCGCUGCAGUGUCCCCUGCAGGCCACAGCCCAGCGCAGGUCUGCGACCCCUCGGGUGAGGAACCAGCAGUCUCCCCGCAGCUGGCAAUGGGCCCACUCGGCCCCCACGGUCGCAACCCGGACCGACACACCCCCUCCGAACCGCUGCCAUUCUGCUCUCAGCCCCCUGGAGGAGGAAGGAGGACGCGGAGGCCGUCACUCCGGGGAAGAGGGCAAGGUCCUCGGCCUCAAACCCAGGGGCCUCGUCUUCCGCUGGCAUCCCGGGCUGUCAGACCCCAGACCCAACGAGGGCCACGGAGGCCAGUGGAGGCAGAGGUGGGAGGCGCAGACCAGCGCUGAGGCCCAGGAGGACGGGCCUUACACACCGGCGCCCACGCUGGGCGGACUGGUCGAGCAGGGGCUGAGGUCCGUGGUCCGAAGGAUUCCUGAGAUGAAGAAGCGGCCGGGGGUCCCCCCGCCCCCGGGUUCGGUCACUCUCCGCACCUAG